AAGUGAUAAAAUGUAUCUAGCAAUAUAUUAUCACCCCCAAGUUAUAGAUAUAAAGCUCUUGGAACAAUUCUUCAACCACAUAUCUCAUUUGCAUAACUCUCUCCCAUUAUCACUAAUAUCUUAAUUUAACACAAGGAAACUACUAUCCAUGCCACUACAAAGGUUGGAUGUUACUUUAUUUGGUGAGUAUGUUGACGUGCUUAAAAGCUUCUUUCGACACGCGCCAUUAGAACAUGCGGUGAUAGUCAUUCAGUAUGCUAAGGUCAAGAUGUUUCAAGGAAAUUAUAUUCUACAAAAUGUAAUGUAUGGUACACGUCUUCUGUUGAAUCCGGAAAUAAACGUCGUUAUUGCUUUCAGACAGAGGACUCUUGGCGGUUCUUCUCAACCUCAGCCUGUUAGGUUAUCAUGUGAUAACAUUAUGAGUUCAGACCAAAAUGACUUCCUCGAUACGAGCAAAACAAGGGUGAUUGCUAACCUGAAGGAGUGUAAUGAGGAUGGAUCGUAUGUGGUGUACGGGACUAUCGUUGCGGUAAACAAUGAGAGCGAUUGGUGGUAUUUAGCAUGUAAGUGUAACAGAGCUGCUAAACCUGAUGGUGCAAUGUACUACUGUGUGCACUGCUCAAGUCGUGUUUUCAAGGUCACCCCGAGAUAUCUUAUCAAGCUGUCUGUUAAAGAUGAUUCUGGAACAACCACAUUUCUUUUAUUUGACCGUGAGGCGUCCAAUAUUUUGAAUAUAUCCUGUGCAGAAUUGAUGGAAAAAUGUGAUUUGGAUGGAAGUUUUGAAAAUCCAAAAGAGUUUGAUGACCUCUUGCUUGGGAAGACGUAUAUUUUCAAAGUUGAGGAUGGAGAGUAUGCAGUCUAUGGUCCCAUCAAAGGUGUGGAUGGUGGAGCUGAUUGGUUCAUGCCAACGUGUAGGUGUGGAUCGGAAGUGAUUCCACGGAAUGGCUUUUACUACUGCAGCGACUGUAAUAAAUGUGUUGUGAACGUGAUUCCAAGUAGGCAGAAUAAUUCUUCGGCUAUUGACAUAAGUUUAGUUGAGGAUUUGAAGUAUAUGAUAGAUGAACAUAAUGUUUUGGCACAGAGUUUCAGAAGAGCUAGAGAUUUCGUGCAUAGUGAGCCCACAUCUACUUUGUCUAUGAGGCUUUUGAUAAGUAGAUCUAGAGACUCGAGAAAUUAUAAUAUCCCCACAGCGGACGAAGUUGCAGCUCUAAUAGUUGGAGAUUUUGAUUCAUCUAAUGAAGAAAGGGACAUCAUCGUCGCAAAAAGAAAUGGAUUCUUGCAGCAAAUCAAUGAGACACACCCCACGUUCAUACCUCUUCAGUACCCUUUGUUGUUUCCCUUUGGGGAAGACGGAUAUCAUGAAAAUAUCUGUAUAAGAGAAUCAUUUUUCCUGCAAAACAAUGUAAAGCAUCCAAAUGUAUCAGCGAGAGAAUUUGUUGCAUAUCGUAUACAAGAAAGGGAAAAUGAUGGUGGCAUUUUGUUGCUUGCACGAAGAUUGUACUUACAAUUUCUGGUAGAUGCUUACACGAUCGUUGAGGCACAGAGAAUCCAGUGGGUAAAGUUAAACCAAGAUCAAUUAAGGGGAGCAAUUAUGAGUGGCAUACUAGAAGCUGUGAUUAGAGUUACGCAAUCUAAAUCUGACGAUGCUCAUAAUGAGGUGCGUGAUGAGACAGAGAAAUACUAUGAUUGUCGUUACGUCUCUGCAUGUGAAGCAUCUUGGAGAAUCCUGUCUUUUGAUAUACAUCACAGAUGGCCAGCAGUAUUGAGGUUGAAUUUCCAUCUCGCAGGACAGAAAUUUGUCACUUUUAAGGAGCAACAAAAAUUGAAAGAUGUUGCCAGACAAAAUCUUUACAAGCCUUCAAUGUUUGAGGCUUAGAUGGUUUCCAAUUCAAAGUACAAAGCGGGGGAAAAUUUAACGGCACUACUAGCACCCACACUCGAAGUUGUAGAGAUGGUAAAUGAAUUUGUCUUAUCCCU